UAAACGUAAACUUCAAUAAUUCUCUCUUUUGAGGACGGAUCCCAAUAUAGGUCAUCGCCAUAUUGAAUGUUUGGUCGGUAAGAUGUUGAACUGGAGAGCUGGCUUUGCAAGGCAGAAGAAAAUGAAAUGAUGUAGCAACACAAGAAUCAAUGUCUUGUAUGAUGUUGGAAGCUUGGUGCAAUACAGCAAUAGCAGUAAGGUUGUGAUAACUCAAAGCGAAACAUGUCGGCACGUCAGAGCAGAGUGUCGGCAAUGUCGGAUUUUAACUCCACAUACUCGGAGAAUGAUGAAAAUAAACCACCUGAAAAACGAUUGACAGCUUUUGAAAAACUUUCUCGAGAUUUGUCAAAUGACCAAAAAUGUCUGAAGGAAAUAACUCUUGGAAAGCGAAUUGCUUUUUAUCGAAUACGAGGUCAACUGGGCACAGGCAACUUUUCCCAAGUUAAAAUGGGGAUCCAUGCGUUGACCAGAGAAAAAGUGGCAAUAAAGAUACUAGACAAAACUAAACUAGACCAAAAAACCCAAAGACUGUUAUCACGUGAGAUCUCAAGUAUGGAGAAGCUACACCACCCUAAUGUGAUACGUUUAUAUGAGGUGGUAGAAACUCUUGCAAAGUUACAUAUGGUGAUGGAGUAUGCAAAUGGAGGCGAACUGUUUAAUAAAAUAUCCAAUGAGGGUAAAUUGCCUGAGAGUGAGGCAAAAAGUGUAUUUGCUCAAGUUAUGGCUGCAGUGCAACAUAUGCAUGAACACCAAAUCAUCCAUCGUGAUCUCAAGGCAGAAAAUGUGUUCUACGCGGGCACAAAACUCAUCAAAGUUGGCGAUUUUGGCUUCAGCACUGUCAGUAGGCCUGAUCAGACAUUGAACACAUUUUGUGGGUCCCCACCAUAUGCUGCUCCUGAAUUAUUCAAAGAUGAAAGUUACUACGGGACAUAUGUUGAUAUCUGGGCCCUUGGGAUCAUGCUUUAUUUUAUGGUGACUGGUAUCAUGCCUUUUAGAGCAGAGACAGUUGGCAAGUUGAAGAAAGUUAUCCUCGAUGGCUAUUACUCUAUACCUAUGUAUUUAUCAGAACCCUGCCAAGAUUUGAUAAAGAGUGUUUUGCAACAGACCCCAAUUGAUCGAUUGACAGUGGGAAAGAUUAUAGAACAUAAGUGGUUGGAAAAUCAGGAAUUUCCAGAGGCCUUAGAGGAGUAUAACCUCAACCCUGCUUUAGAUGACAAUGGAAACCUGAAAGAUGAAGAAGUACAAGCUCGGAAUAUGUUACGUGAAUUAGGAAUAAACCAGGACCAUAUCAAACAAGCUCAUGGGAAGGAAUCUCGAAGUUGUAUCACUGGGACGUAUCGCAUCAUCUUACAUCGUCUGCAGAAGAAAAAGUUAGGUUAUUAUGAUAUUUUGGAACAAGAGCAAAAUCAUUCAUCUCAAAAUGGGAAUUCUGGUACAAAAAGCACAAACAGUAAAAAUGGCAAAUCAAAAUUAUGUACUAUUUUAUAACACAGAGUUUUAUGUAGAUUUUUAUUGGAGAAAUUUACUUUUGAGUAUCACCUACAUGUACUCGGCAACAAAUGUGGAUAUUCGUUACAGAAAACCUCUGUGUUUUAAGGAAGGGUCUGUGGCAAUGUUGAAUAGGGCGGUGCUCUCUUAUCAUCCUUGGUUCACUUUCCCUUUGAAAAAAAUCAAUCAUGCCACAAAGAAAAAAACCUUUGCUUGUCCAAUAAAGAGAAUGCCAUUUUGCAAAUACAGCGUACAAGCCCAAAUAUGAUAUAAUAUAAAGCAGAUAAAAGUGCUGUAUGGCACUGCAAUAAGUGUAAAACGUGAUGUAUUUGGGCAAGGGUAUAAGUGCAACAAAGGUUUAAUGAGCAGAUCAAUAGGAAAAAUUAUAAUGAGUCUUGAGGGGAACGUGUUCAUCAUGUUCAUUCGUGAGAUAUAUCCCUGUAUAUCUACACUUAUCCCUUAAGCUCUUCACUUUCCUACUGAUCCCAAUUAGUGCAGUGCAAGAGGUGUUCUACAUGUACAUCAUGAUUUGCAUUUCUGUAGUGCCUCAAAACACAUGUUUAAAGUGCCUGUAUCCCUAUUGCAAUUUGCAGACCAUCUGUAACAUAACUUGAGGUCUUGGGGCGGUAACUAUACUUAACAGGGUAUUGUGAAAGACAGGUAGAUAUUAAACAUCACUCUAAUGUGUGUACAGGUAUUAGUAUAAUUUCACUGCACAUUCCUAUUAAAUAUCGACAAAAAUAGUCUAGUUGUUCACAAAUUGUUGUACUAAUUGGCCAAAUCACACCUCCGUGACAUCCUUGCACACGGCAGAGUGAUAUUUGAUCCUUACCUGUGAUCUUUGUUAUGCUUCUAUUUUACGAGAAAUUACAAUUAGCUUUUUGCUACUUAGAAUAAAAAGAACUUUGUAUGUUUACACAUAUUUGCUGGAAAGAUAGAUAUAAGAUAUUUGAAUUAGUAUUCAAGAUAUUGAAUUAUUGUUUAAAGCUACAAAUUCAUCUUAUUCCUGUAUUAUAGUAUUAAUUAUAUUUUUUCAUGAAAAGUGAGGAAAACGAAUUUAUUUUUGAAAUAGAACAUUCCAUAUCCAGAGCAGAUAAUGAUACCUAGCAAUACACUCUUCUCAUUUCACAAUUUAGAAUAAUCAGGGACCAAUUAGUUUCACUGUUUUGCAUUAAGGCUCAAAAUCAUGAUGAGGGGGGGGGGUGGUUGGGGUUCUAAAAUAUGAAGUGUCAUCAACUAUUUUAUUGCCAUCACAUAUAUCUUAUUGACAUCACAAUACCGGUGAUAAAUAUUUAUUUUGUGCUCAUGAGCCUUAGUCCAUCACCAUGAGAAUUUGUCUUAAAAUGAUAGCUUCAAUAAAUAUAAUACGCUAUAAUGUUAUUUGUAAAUGCAGUUGAAUAUAAUAUGUGCGUAUGAAUAUUCCUUUCACAAUAUUCAUAUUCAAUUCUUUUUUCUGCUUCAAAGCUAAUUUGGUAAAAUUCUGAUUUUAUUCUCAUUUUGAAACCACCAUCAACAUACAAGCUGUCCAUAAAGUUUUUUUACAAUACAAAGUCUUUAAAGUGUAGAGAGACUCUAUGGACACCCUAUA